UCUCCUCCAAUCCUAUCCCCUCCCCUCCCCUCGCAUUGCCGCCGGUGCACGGUAGAGAGGUGAUCAUCGUUGGCCGCGGGCGCCCUUGUGUGUGUGUGUGUGUGUGUGUCUGGUGCACGUACGACCCUCGCCGGCGGCGGCCGUUCCUGCCGUUCGUCUGCUCCGGUAAAUGACUGGAGGCCUUGCCGGCGUCGUCGAGGUCGAGGUGCUGGCUCCGCUCUCGUUCGUGGCGUGCCAAUCGUCCCCGUCGCCGGAGUCGACGUCGCUGCGCGCUCGCACCGGAGGGUUUAUCAACGAAGGCUAAAUCCUGCUGGCAAUACGAUCUUUCAACGCCUCCUUACAGGAAGACUGAAGAAAUUCCUGAACAAGCUGCAGAGAGUAGAUAAUUAAGAAAUCAAGCAGGCUGAAAGUGAAGGUUCAGAAAGCCCAUUGAACAAGGUGAUGGAUCCCACCACUGUUGAGCCGAAAUGGAUGUCUCCCACCACUGAAGAUGGGUCUAUGGACAGGCGAGGAAACCCAGCUGUCAGAGCAGCAACUGGAAGAUGGAGAUCUGCCAUCCUGCUGCUAGCUAACUAUGGGCUCGUGACGUGCGCCUUCUUCGGCGUCGGUGUGAACCUGGUGGUGUUCCUGCGGCGGGUGCUCCACCAGGACAACGCCGAGGCGGCCAACAACAUCAGCAAGUGGACCGGCACCGUCUACAUCUUCUCGCUCAUCGGCGCCUUCCUCAGCGACUCCUACUGGGGCCGAUACGUCACCUGCGCCAUCUUCCAGAUCAUCUACGUGACGGGCCUGGUGAUACUGUCGCUCGCGUCAUGGUUCUUGCUGGUGAAGCCCUCCGGCUGCGGCGGCGUCAAUGCGCGCUGCGACGAGCCGUCGGCGCCCGGCGUCGCGCUCUUCUACCUGUCCACCUACAUGAUCGCCUUCGGCAACGGCGGGUACCAGCCUUCCAUCGCCACGUUCGGGUCGGACCAGUUCGACGAGACGGACCCCAAGGAAGCUCGCUCCAAGGUCGCCUUCUUCAGCUACUUCUACCUGGCGCUCAACGUCGGGUCCCUCUUCUCCAACACGGUGCUGGUGUACUACGAGGACUCGGGCCGCUGGGUCAUGGGGUUCUGGGUCUCGGCGGCCGCCGCGGCGCUGGCGCUCGUGCUCUUCCUGCUCGGCACGCCCAACUACCGGCACUUCAAUCCGAGCGGCAACCCGCUGACGCGAAUCGCGCAGGUGUUCGUCGCCGCGUUCCGCAAGUGGCAUGCCGAGGUGCCCCGAGAGGAGCUCCUCCACGAGGUGGAACGAGAGGACCCCAAGAUCUCUGGCAUCCGCAAGAUCCUUCACAGCGACGAGCUCAGGUUCCUCGACAAGGCGGCGACGGUCACCGAGGAGGAGUACGGCGCGCCGGAGAAGAUGAAGGACCCGUGGCGGCUCUGCACGGUGACGCAGGUGGAGGAGGUGAAGUGCAUCCUGAAGAUGCUGCCCAUCUGGCUGUGCACGAUCGUGUACUCGGUGGUGUUCACCCAGAUGGCGUCCCUGUUCGUGGAGCAGGGCGCCACCAUGAACACCAACAUCGGGUCGUUCCACUUCCCGGCCGCGAGCAUGUCGCUGUUCGACAUCCUCAGCGUGCUGGCGUUCAUCGCCAUCUACCGCCGCGUGCUGGUCCCCGUGAUGGCGCGGCUGUCGGGCAACCCGCAGGGCCUGACGGAGCUGCAGCGCAUGGGCGUGGGGCUCGUGAUCGGCAUGGCGGCCAUGGUUGUGGCGGGCGUGGUGGAGGUGGAGCGGCUGCGGCGCGUGGCGGCACCGGACCAGCCGAGCUCCCUGAGCGUGCUGUGGCAGGUGCCGCAGUACGCUCUGAUCGGGGCGUCGGAGGUGUUCAUGUACGUGGGGCAGCUGGAGUUCUUCAACGGGCAGGCGCCCGAUGGCGUGAAGAGCUUCGGCAGCGCGCUGUGCAUGGCGUCCAUCUCGCUGGGGAACUACGUGAGCAUCAUGCUGGUGAGCGUGGUCACCAGCCUCACCGCUGGGGAGAGGCGGCCCGGGUGGAUCCCGGGGAACCUCAACUCGGGCCACCUCGACAGGUUCUACUUCCUCCUCGCCGCGCUUUCGCUCGUGGACCUCGCAGUGUACAUCGCCUGCGCGGCGUGGUACAAGGGCAUCAAGCUCGACGGCGGCGGCGAGACGAGGAAGGCCUCCGCCCACGUUUAAACACUGGGCCUGGGCCUUCUUCUGGGUGUUCUGGUUUGGAGACGUGCCGGGCUGGCCCGUAGAAAAUAAAAUGUCAAAGAGCUGGCAUGUGGCCCGUGUUGGAUGGCCCAUGUUGUUCUGUGUCUUUGGUGUAGCUCCAAGAAUCAGUCCCAGAGCUCCAUGUAAUGCUGCUACUCCCUGCGUUCUAAUACGUAAGGCGUAACCAU